CUCGAGCUGGCAAGCUGGAUGGCGAUAUGGCACGAUGGCUGUGCUGGACCUCAGCUUGGACCCCAAGGAUCCCUGUGCCCGCUGCGUACGCUGCAUACGAUGAGACGAGCCUCCGAGCCUGAAAAAGGGGGGGGGGCCGUCUUGCUGUCUGUCAACAACACCCAUCUGGCACCCGCGGGUAUAAAGAGCCUGGGUCCCUCUCGCAAGCUAUUAUCAUCAUCAUCAUCAUCAUCACCAUCAUCAUCAGCCUCACCACCAACUCCACCACCACCACCACCACAACAACAACAACAACAACAACAACCCCUCCACACCCUCAGCACCUGACACCACAUCAUGUCUGCUCAGGACUACUACCGCGACGGCGACCGCCCUCACGAGCGCCACCACGAUGCCCCCCCGUACAGGGAGGAGUCCCGGGGCGGGUCGGACUACUACAGCCACGACGGCGGCCGGCGUGACGGCAGCAGGUCCCGCAGCAAGUCGCGCGACAGGGACGGCGGCGGCGACAAGGACCGCGACAUUGCCGGGACCCUGAUCGGCGGGGCGGCCGGGGCCUUCGGCGGCCAUGCGCUCGGGGCCAAGGCGGGCCACGGCAUCAUCGGCACCGUGCUCGGCGGCGUGGCAGGCGCCUUCGCGGGCCACGAGGUGGAGGAGAAGGUGGACGACUGGAGGGACGAGCGCAAGGAGAAGAAGGAGGACGAGCGGCGCCACAGGGAGGACGACGAGCGCCACCGCCGCGAGGACGAGGACCGCCGGCGCCGCGAGGAUGACGACCGCCGGCGCCGCGAGGACGAGGACCGCCGGCGCCGUGACGACGACCACCACCACCACCACGAGGCGCCCCGCGGCGGCGGCGGCGGCUGCGGGCCCGACACGGUGGUGGUGCAGCAGGGCGACACCCUGCGGGGCAUUGCUGCGAGGUUCGACGGCGUCUCGUUUGAGGACAUUGCCAGGCACAACAACAUUGCCAACCCGGACAUGAUCUACCCGGGCCAGACCCUCGCCAUCCCCCGCCGCGGCGGCUACUAGACAGACAUGUCUGUCACAGCACUUGAGGCUGCUUUAUUACGGACAAGAACAAAUCAAUUAGCAAAUUCCCAAACAUAAUGCCCUGCCGCCCGUGACCACCCCGUGAUCCAUUAGCGUCUUGAGGCUGAAAACCACUCAAGCUGAGUACCUACCGAGCGCCGAGAAGCUCGCAGCUUGCCGAGGUUGUCCCGCUAAUGCAGCCCGGGCGCGCCGCCGCCUCUUGGUAGUGGGCACGCCCGACCCGAUACAUAGCUAGCUGCCUUACCUAGCAGCCUAGCAGCCUAGCUGUCUAAGUACUUAAGUAAUUAUCAUCCGACCCCACCAGCAUUGGCACCGUGGACGGGGGAUCCAGUGGCGACCGGGCCUCCGUUCCCACCAACCCCCACCCCAUUCUCGGUCUGGUCUGGCCAAAGAGGGGG